AACUUUUAUCAAUUCUCUUUAUCUCCGAAAGCUUCAGAGUUAGUUUCUUCGUCUAUCAAUGGCGUUCAAAAAACUUGUAGCUCAACGUCUUUUCGAUUCAUACAAAAUUAGUCGUCCUUCCCUAUCAACAUGCCGUAUUUGUUCCUCAACCAUGACCAAAUCGAUGGCUUCUCCUAAUCCUGAAAGGAUAGCCCCAGAUCCCGGCGAGGGUGCUUUUUUCCGUCGAUCUCUCCACCGAAGCUCUUUGUUCCAAUCAUUAGCAACCUCGUCGGAGCUCCGGUCUUUUCCCAUCGGUGAAAAGCUCCGUCAGGAAUUGAGAGGGAUGGACAUUGGUAGAGAUAGGAUAAGACUGGAUGCACUCAUCUCACCGCCGCAACAAAAAUUGUUGCCGGAGAUUGAGUCAGAAGCCGAGGAGGAGAAAUUCACGGUGGCGGAUGCAAAGAAGGUUAUGAGAUUGGCACAACUGGAGGUGGUGAAAUCGAGGCUGAGGCAGAUGGAGAAUGACUGGAUUUCUUUUCCGGAAUUUUUUCAGAUCUGCAAUGGCGCUUCUUCAAACUCCGAUCAAGCCAUAGAAUUCGCAAAGAUGCUCGAUCAAUCAGGAAUUGUACUUGUUUUGGGAAACGUCGUAUUCCUUAAGCCUGAUAAGGUGGUGAAAGCCAUGGAAGGCUUAAUGCCAAGGCCUUUGGCUCAGCCAAAUGACCCACAAAUGAUGAAAGAGUUUCAACAAAUGGAUGAGAAGAAAUCAGCUAUUGACAAAAAGGCAGAAUCCUUGGUGCAAAGGGAGUUAUGGUGUGGGCUAGGAUUCUUUGUGAUUCAGACUGCAGCUUUCAUGAGGCUCACUUUCUGGGAGCUAACAUGGGAUGUAAUGGAGCCAAUUUGCUUCUAUGUUACAUCCUUUUACUGCAUGGCUGGUUAUGCUUUCUUCCUUAGGACAUCCAAAGAGCCUACUUAUGAAGGAUUCUUCCACAGCCGCUUUAGCGCAAAACAAAAGAAGCUCAUGAAGAUUCACAAUUUUGAUCUUCAGAGGUACAAUAAACUCCGCAAAGCUUGUGAUCCGCACUCGUCCAUACCCACUGGAAAUACUUUAACACUUCACUCAACACCCAUGAUGUCCACAACAUAGAAUGUGGCGAUUUUACAUGAAACAUGUUGUGGUUGAGAUGGAUUUUGUUUAGGAAUACUGGGAACCUAAAGUUGGAAAGGACAGAUGAUAUACUUUGCUUCGUUUUUUUUUUUUCUUUUUACUUGUUUUACUUUUAAGUUAGUGUCGAAUGGAUACAGGGGAUACUUCGAGCUGAUCCCAAUUGAUGUGGGACUGAGGCGGCGUUGUUGUUGUUUACUAUUACUUUGGACCUAGACUAACUUUGAGUUUUUCUAUGUCACGGCUAAUGUAUUUUAAGUGAAGAGGGCUCUAAAAAAUUAUAGAAAUUUCAAACUUGGUUUGCUCA